UUGCAAGGCACUAUCUCAAGGAUGAUUUCUCAGUUUGAGUCGGUAUAAAAAGAGAAGUAGUUGUUUGUGGUCCCGUGAUACCGAGUUCAUAUUUCUUCUCGUGUCGUUUUCUUCGAGAAUGAGUUCUUCCCCACGACUCACCUACCUGAGUGUUGCUGAUGCUUGUCUACUCAACCGGGCUUGGUCUUGGGUCGGCAAUGAACAGUGUCGCUGGUACAUUGCCAGCCUCAUCUCCUGCUUCCCAGUGUGUGUCCAUGAUGACAAGGGGAACCCCAUGUCUUGGUCUGUCACAGACCAGUUUGCCACCAUGUGCCAUGGCUACACCCUGCCAGAGCAUCGCAGGAAAGGUUACAGCCGGCUGGUGGCCCUCACGCUGGCCGGGAAGUUGCAAAGCCAGGGAUUCCCCUCUCAGGGCAACGUCCUGGAUGACAGUGUGUUCUCCAUCAGCCUCCUAAACAGCAUCCAAGCCGAGUUCUUGCCUUGUCGAUUCUAUAGGCUUAUUCUCACCCCUGCAGCUUUCUCUGGGCAAGUUCACCCCUAGCCCAUUAGAACUCCAGGAAUUUUCUUCCUUUUUCUGAACAUACACAUGCUCCUUAGCUGUCAAUGAGGGGAAAAAUUAAAACUAGAAUCAGGAGAACCUUAAAUUUUUGAAAAGGACCAGAAGACAAGCAGGGUUAGGCUGGGAAUGCCUAACUCUCCCUGUCUCAAGUUUCUAAAGUAAUGACUAUAGGGGUCAGAGACAGCUAUGGCUAAAAACAGGAUAAUUAUCCUCCUUUGCGAUCCACUGUAGGAAGAAGGUUCUAAAGUCAGCGGGUCUUCGCCAAGGAGCAGAAAUGACUGCAUGAGAGCAAGUGAUUUAACACGGGAGCAUGUGGCUACUGCUUCCUUAUCGCUGGUUGGGCUUCUGCUUGGUUUUCUCACUACCACGCCAGUUUCGUAGGACCCAAAAUAAUGCUCCCCUGUGCCUGCCACCACUGUUACCCCAAACUCCCUUCCUACCACCUGUGACUCAAGUUCU